AUGCCAGGCGUACCGACAGGUCGUGCCUGCGAUGCCUGCCGCAAGCAAAAGAAAAAGUGUGAUGAAAAGCAACCCUCCUGUGCCCGCUGUCUACGUCUAAAGAUCCCCUGCGUGGGUUCGGGCCAGGUUCGAUUUAAAUUCCAGGAAGAGAAACAGUACUCCACGCGCGUGAGAAAACAGCACGCGCUCUCCACCGGAGAUUCCUCCGGAAGUCUAUCUGAUACUUCCUCCGAGUCUCCAUCCCAGUCCCAGUCCCAGUCCAAGUCUCCACCUCAAGCAGCAUUUACAGUCUCCGCGACACAAUUACCGCCUCGCAGACAGAAGCGUGCAUUAAAAAAGCAGCUCCUGCCCCCAGAGUCCCCAAAGCUACUCCCUAGUAGCGAUAUUUCCUCCUUGGCAGGUGGUUUCAUCGCGACGAUUAAGCGAACUACAGACCUACGCUAUAAUCUCUGGUGGUCUUUCGGCUUAUGGCUUGAAGAUGUACCCAAACGACUGGGAACUAACGAGGCACUUGACCGUGCGGUGGAUACGUUGACAACCGCUCACUCUAAUUUCUCAUGCAACCGGGGCCCCUCGGUGGAGGCGCUUGCCAAACACUCGCGUGCUCUCCGCACGCUAAGCGUGUACCUGGAUGACAAGGUCCAUGCGCAAUCAUCCAGUACACUUUCUGCUGUGAUGGUCCUUUUGAUCUGUCAGUUAUUCUUGGGCCCUUCCAAUCGAAAGUUCUCGGGCCAUGCCGAGGGUGCGGCGGCUAUUCUCAGAGCAAGGAAGGACUUUGGACCUCGUGAUGCGUUUGAAGCGAAGUUAUUUCUAUCCAUGCGUGGCAGUGUGCUCUUCGAAGGAAUCUUCAACGACAGAAUAAACCUAACCCCAGAAGAAUGGGACAACCUAGUCCGAAACGACUACGACAGCACAACCCCGGACGGAAAAAUCCUCCUCAACCUCUCAAAAGCACCACACCUAAUGCGACACGGCCGCGAAGCACUCCGCACAGGCACCGACACAACCUCAAUCCGCAACCAAGUCUGGACAAUAUACCAAGACUGCAAAACAAACCUAAGCAUACUAAAGCACCGCUCCGUCGAAAACGACUUCUCAGAACUUUUUAAAACAGCCAGUCCCGCCGGCCGCAAAUUUAUUCUCGAAUUCGGCUUUGCGCAUUAUCAGCGCACGUAUGGGAUUGGUUUGGCUUGUACGCUUGUUUUUAAUUGUAUGCUUUCUGCGCUGGAUGCGUAUGGGCGUGGACAUGGACAAGGACAAGGGCUUGAUGAUGUCAGUGUCAGUACUACGGAGUUCGACGCUACUUAUCUCUCGGAGGAGGUGCUGGAUUUGGCGCAAAGGUCGGUUAUUUGGAAGCCGAUUGGGGCGGCUUAUAUUGUUGUUUGCGUGAGCGCUGCUUGGGCGGCGACGUCUGAUCCGCUCUUGAGGGCGAGGCUGUUUUCCGUUGCGAUUGAUUUUAAUAAUGAUUUUCAUUUGAGGGAUGCGCGGGUUUUUGAGAGGGAGAUGUUGCAUACCACUGAGCAUUUGCGUCUUGGGACGUCGUUUCAGACGUGUGCGUUUUUGGAGGAUUCUAGUCCAUCUAUGGAGUUGGUGUGA